AUGGCACAGAAAGAAGCACUGGGCACCUCCCCGGAGGGGAUUCACCCAACUUACCCCUACAAGGUGGUUCUGCUGGGAAGCACAUCAGUGGGAAAGUCAAGCCUGGCCUACAGAUACGUGAGGAAUGACUUCAAGGAGUCACUGCCAACAGUGGGAUGCUCCUUCUUCACACAGACGCUCCACAUGGAGGUGGCCACGGUCAAGCUGGAGAUCUGGGACACGGCAGGCCAGGAGAAGUACCACAGUGUGUGCCACCUCUACUACCGGGGCGCCCAUGCUGCUCUCCUUGUUUACGACAUCACCAACAAGGAAACACUCAACAGAGCAAAGCUGUGGCUGAGGGACCUGGAGAAGGAAUUCCUUCCCGAUGAAAUCGUCAUUGCUUUGGUAGGCAACAAGGUGGAUCUUGCUGCUGAGCGAGAAGUCACUACUGAGGAGGGGGAAGAGUUUGCAAGGACCAGAGGCCUCCUGUUCAUGGAGACAUCUGCAAAAUCAAACCACCAAGUCAAUGAUAUCUUUAUGGCCAUAGCCCAAGAGCUCCUGCAGCGGGAACAGAAGGCACGAGCCCCAUCCCCACACGGGAGGUCAGCAGUCUCCCUGGGGGAGAGCAGGGUGCGCACAGGGUGCUGCCAGCCCUGA